UAAUACUCAUCGAGACAGGGACAGGGUCAAGGCCGUGGACGGAAAAUGUAUUCUCAUACUCAUCGAGACUGGGACAGGGUCAAGGCCGUGGACGGAAAAUGUAUUCUCUGUUCCUGUCCUCGUUUAGCUAGUAGGGAGAAAUCUCUCCCCCUGCUCUCUCUCCCAUUUUCUAUCCAAUCGACGAUUCACAAUCCUAUUCGAGACGGACCUCAUGAGGAGAAUGAACAUCUUUACCUAUAAAUAUCUCUUGAACGUAUAAAUUUCAUGUUUUGUUAUCUAUAUUUUAAAAAAUCAAGUCAAAUUUUUAAAAUUAAAAAAAAAAAAGAAGUAAUUUAAAAAAAAAAAAAAUUUCCCUUCCGUUCUUUAAGUAUGUAAGACACUAAUCAUACCAAAACUAAAGAGAGAAAAGGAAGAGAGAAAAAUGAUAAAGUUAGAAAUGGGUUAAGACUCAAGUGUUAUAAACUCACAGGGAUUUCACGUUAAUUAAUUCAUGCUCAAGCAAGAAUUAGCACAAAGCUUCUCUGUUUUAUCUCUCAAUUCCUUUCUGCUACCAUUUGGGAUCUCGCUUCCUCUUCCACUCAACUCACGUUCGUGAGGGGGAGCCCUAGCCUCCGCUUCCGGGACCAUCAUGUCGCCGUCUGCUGUCGGAAGCUUCGACGCCGACGGCGGAUGUGAUUGCCGUGCUCAUCAGAAUGGGGAUGCCAAAGCACCUGCUAACUCUAAAUCCGGCGAUUCCUAUUGCGAGCAUUGUGGUUGUGGUUCAGCGGAUUCAUCAUCUUUCCCGUCCUUUUCCUGCUCUUCCUCUUCUCUAUGGCUUGAUUCGACGCGGUUGAGAGAGUCCGGGAAGCUAUGGCGGAUCCUUGUUGCUUCUGCUAAAGGCUUCACAAUUGGAGCUGGUCUCAAAGGUGGUCUCUCUCUUUUCUCGGUCCUCGCUGGAUUGAAGCGGAGAAAGGCUUUGGCCUCCCUCGGGAAGAAAGGAGUGAUUACGAAUCGAGAUGCGAUUUCCAUGGCUUUGAAGGAGACUUUGAGAUACGGUCUCUUUCUUGGAACCUUUGCUGGUACAUUCGUUUCCAUUGAUGAGAUAGUUGGCAAUCUGGGAGGCCACCGUAGGACUGCAAGUUGGAGGGCACUAUUAGCGGGAGCAUUAGCUGGGCCGUCGAUGCUUCUGACUGGGUUAAAUACGCAACAUAAGACCUUGGCUAUCUACAUUUUUAUGCGUGCUGCGGUCUUGGCAUCGCGCUGUGGGAUUAAAAGCAAGCGGUUUGGGCAUAUUUGUAAGCCUCUCACGUGGUCUUAUGGUGAUAUCUUCCUUAUGUGUCUCUCCUCUUCCCAGAUCCUGUCUGCUUACGUGUUAAAGCAAGAUAGCUUACCACCAUCAUUUAGGUCCUUUCUCAAUACACAUGGUGGAAAGGAUACUGUAAUCUUGGAAGGUUUAAAGAGUUUCGUAUCAGGCAUGCCUUCUUCUAAUAAAUUUAAAGCGAUUGAGAAGUACUAUAGUGCCAUGGGUGCGAAUGUCAGAUUAAAUCUGCAAAUGAAGACUCCAUGCAUGAUUAUACAUGGAAAUCAAUCAUGUGGUGGCCAUUUUCUUUCCUUUCUCAUUCGAGGAUAUAAAAGAGCAUUGCCAGUUUACCUCCCUGUUUAUCUUAUCCCAGCUCUAAUAGUUCAUCGUGAAGGUCUCAUGAAUAGGCCAUACGAAAUUUUAGCAAGGGGACUUCUCGGAACUGCUAGAUCAAGUCUUUUCCUUUCUGCAUAUUGUGCAUCUGCUUGGAUGUGGACAUGCCUGACCGCAAGGAGUUUCAAGAAAAUAAACAUUCCAUUGGUUGCUGUUGCAACGUUCUUAACAGGUUUAGCACUGGCCAUUGAGAAGAAAAGCAGGAGGAUAGAAAUCUCACUCUAUUGCCUCGCCAGAGGUAUCGAGAGCUUCUUCAGCAGCAUGACGGAUUUGGGAUACUUGCCGCCAUCGUUGAAUUUCAAGAGAGCGGAUGUGAUAGUUUUCAGCAUAUCAACUUCCAUUAUAAUGCAUUGUUAUGCUCAGGAAAGGGAGGUAUUUCGAUCCAAGUAUUUGAACGUUCUCGAUUGGGUUUUCGGUGUGCCUCCUCCCCCUUGUGAAACGCCACGCUGCAAGAAUGGCAAGCAGUAUUGAGAGAAGCCUUGGAUCUUGGAUUUGAAUUGAGGGUGACCAAAUCUUUGUAGUGUUUGGUCAAGAAUGUUCGUACUAUAUAAAUAUAGUUAUCAUUACGUGCUAUAGAAUUAGCAGUCAUUUGAGUACAUGAUUCGUAUGGAGAUGUGCUUUCCAUAUACCCAUUGAUUUAUGGACGAAAUUCUCAUUUGUUAAAUGACAGUCAACGGAUAGGAUGAUUAAAUGAUAAAA